CUGGCAGCUCCAAGACCCUGCCCGAGCUUCCCCUCAGAGGCCCAGAGCAGGUGGUGCCUGGACAUGGGCAGGAAAGGGAGGCCGGGCCUAGGGUGCCGAGGGGCCCACAGCUCUUGGGGAGCACGGACCAAGUCAGGCUCCAGUAUAUAAAUCAGGCAAAUUCCCCGUUGAGCAUGAACCUCUGAAAACUGCCGGCAUCUAAGGUCUCUUCCAAGGCCCUCUGGAGUCCAGCCCAUAAUGAAGGUCUUGGCGGCAGGAGUUGUGCCCCUGCUGCUGGUUCUGCACUGGAAACACGGAGCAGGGAGCCCCCUUCCCAUCACUCCAGUCAACGCCACCUGCGCCACCCGCCACCCAUGUCACAGCAACCUCAUGAACCAGAUCAGGAACCAACUGGCGCAGCUCAAUGGCAGUGCCAAUGCUCUCUUUAUUCUCUAUUACACGGCCCAGGGGGAGCCGUUCCCCAACAACCUGGACAAGCUGUGUGGCCCCAAUGUGACGGACUUCCCGCCAUUCCACGCCAACGGCACGGAGAAAACGCGGCUCGUGGAGCUCUACCGUAUCAUCGCGUACCUUGGCGCCUCCCUGGGCAACAUCACUCGGGACCAGAAGGUCCUCAAUCCCAACGCCCUCAGCCUCCACAGCAAGCUGAACGCCACGGCGGACAUCCUGCGGGGCCUCCUCAGCAAUGUGCUCUGCCGCCUGUGUAACAAGUACCACGUGGCCCACGUGGACGUGGCCUAUGGCCCUGACACCUCGGGCAAGGACGUCUUUCAGAAGAAGAAGCUGGGCUGUCAGCUCCUGGGGAAGUAUAAGCAGGUCAUUGCCGUGGUGGCCCAGGCCUUCUAGAUGGGAGGUCUUGAAGCCUGCAGGGAACACCCUGAGAUCCUAGGCUCAGGCGGCUCUCAGACUGUGGCCAGGGCCCAGAGCAUCGCCAGGCCAAAUUGGGGGCUGCCGGCAGACCCCCGAGGUUUCCUGGCCAGUCCACUCCCCUUAGGGUGGGCUGUGAUAAAGCCGAGCAGCGCCAAUUAGGAGAAGGACCCUUCCUAUGGGAGACUGCAGCCAGGCACCAGGGUGUUGGGCUGGUGAGGGGAUUGUGGGCUGGACCUCUGUCCCCACUUGGCCCACUUGGCUAGGGGCUUUGUGAGAAAACUGCACGAGUUGUCCAUGGUGACUCUGACUGUGGGGCCCGACGGCAGGGGUCAACCCCACAGAAUUACCACCAUUGGUGCCUUUGCUGCCCCUUCCGGAGUCUUUGGAAGGUUUGACUGGGCUCAGGCAGGCCAGAGGAGCUGGGAUCCAGAGGACUCCUUGGGUCCCUACAAGUAUAGUGAGUGGAAGAGAGAAAGGGGAGUUCUGGUUUAAGAUACUCCUUUUCUUGAGCAUGAUCGGAGAGCUCAGGCCUAGAGACUGGACUGUGAAACAGAAAGUUCCAGAAUGAGCUCACUGGGAUUCAGGCCUCUAGGGAGGCUGAGAGGCUACCUUCAGGCUUGGAAAGGUAGAGAGGUCUUGAGAGCCUUGGCAGGCUCUCCUUCCCUGCAGUCUUUCCUGAAGCCUGGGAUGGCCAGGAUCUGGUGGUUGGACCUGGAGGUGGGGUUUGGGGAGGUGGGUAGGUGGCAAAGUUAGGUGAAGAGGUUCUGAGGGCACCCAGAGUCUUCCUUCUGGGCCGGGGUCUGUAAGGGAUGGGAAGGAAUGGGAAGAACUGGGUAGUUCAGGGUGGCAGCUCACAUCCGGGACACCUGGAGGUCCCGUGAGGUCACACAAAGGUACUUGAUGGGGACUAGAGGCCAUUUCUGGUUCCUAGAACAAGGGGACAGCAGAACCUGAGGUCAGGGUCUUAGUAAGCCUGAGAGCCAAGAGUGCUGUGUGUCUGACCCAGCACGAUUGUCUAUUUAUUAUGAUGCCCUAUUUAUAUUAACUUAUUGGUGCUUUAAAUGGCAAAGUUAGUUUCCCUUUCCCUGCUUCCUACUCAACAGAAAUAAUACGAUGUCUCAUAGAAGAGCCAGGGCCCAGCCUUCACAGGGACUGGCCCAGAAGUCAAAGAUGUUACAAGUAGAAGAAGCCUUACCGGUGAAGCUCAGAAGAGAGUCAGGAUCAGAGAGAACUGGUCACCUGGGUGGGGGACAGGGGACCCCCCUCUAUACCCCAUCCCAACUGUGGCCUGAUUUAGGGAUAUCAAGAUCCUGGGUUCACGGUAGUCUGGGUGGGCUUGUGGAGUGAUGGCCUGGGGGCCUUCUCCUGGGGCCACCAUCUUGCUUGGCUCCAGGGGGCUCACUCAACACUGUGUUUUCUGGCAGUUCCUUGGAAUUGUGCUGUGAGGGGUAACAUUCGCGGCUGAGAGGGUGCCCAGGAACCCUGGCUAAGGCAGUCCUGGCGGCCCACUCUGCUGCUGUUUCCUUGUUCCCAUGCUGUCUCUAGACCAGCGAGGGGCUCUGGAACCGUCCUGAGCCAGCAUCCAGCAUGCUUGCACACAGUGGGGAAGCUCCUGCUCGGGUGGGCUAAACACCCACAAAGGGCCAGAGGGCCUGGCUGGACCUCUGGGAAGCUGGAGCAGUGCAGGGAGGAGCUCCCUGCUCUGGAAAGGAGGAUAGGGAGGCCCUGGGCCCACGACCAGGAAGCUGUGGUCCCUCCUGCCCCACCUCCCCCCACGCCCCCACCCAUGUCUGGGCUCCCAGGCAGGGAACACGAUCCUUUCCUUUGUGCUGGGGCCAGGCAAGUGGAGAAACGCCCUCCAGUCUGGGAGCAAGGGAGGGGGUGCCGAGCUGGGGCAGCUGCUAAGAGGAACAUUCUGGCUUCUUCUCAAACCCUGAGCGGGUGGCGGGUGGCGGUCCUAGCAGUUCAGCCAAUGCUAUUAUGGUAAUUUGCACUCACUUUGCACCUCUCUGUCUUCCCUGAGCACUUUACCCUGGGGGUAGGGGGGGCGGGUGGGCAGCCAGCAGGGGUGGGGGCAGGGUGGGGGGCAAGGUGGUUUUGUGGCAGGUGGCAGAGGAGACCAUGACAGCCACAGGUUUUCUGAGGCUGUCCUAAUCUGGGUCACACUCACCCUCAUCCGGUGUCUUUGCCUCCUACCUCCUCCCAGCAAUUUGCUCCUUUGGUGAACCUGACUCAGAAGGCUUGGGGCCAGCUGGGUCUUCCAUCAUCCCAUCCCCUCAAGUAUACCAACUACCAUGCUGAGCCCACCUGGGCAGGGUAUGAGGGUCAAGGACCAAGGGAAUCUCUUCCCCUGGGCCCAACACCACCUCUCUGCCUGGCUCCCACGGCCUCUGCCCUCUCCCUCCCCCACCCCCAUCUCCUGCUCUGCUCCUCAGUCCCCAUCCCUAACAUCCUUUCUCGAACCAAUCUAGCAGACCACUUUGCACAGCAGCCCGAAAUUAUGGAGCCUUUGUGCGGAAAAAGCUUUGCAGGGCAGGAAGCUGUCCUUUUCCUCAUUUUUCAACUGUUGGUAUUGACCCACACCUGCAUCCUGGGUCAAGAGGAGGGAGGAGGGACAGGCUGUCAGCAGAGGAGGGGGUAGGACAAAUCAUUUGGCAAUUGAUGGAGAAAGGAGUAUUGGGAACUUUCAUUUAUUUAAAAAACAUUUUAAGCGAAAAAAGCACCACCGGUUUCUUUGUCUCUCCUCCCCCCUCUCCUUGCCUCCUCCUUGGGGAUGCCCCCUGCCCCCUCUCCACAAGGAGCCCAGCCCCACCUGGCUGGCUCUCUAGAACAGACGGAGCCUGUGGGGUUGGAGGCCAGAAUCAAGUGAGAAUUUCCCUUCAGAUGAUACAGAUGUCCCCACUUUUCGGGUCACCGCCACCCUUGCGCCUUGAUCCCAGUACCUGGGCAUCUCUCCCGUCCACACUGCUAGCCCCAUUUUGUCCCUCUGUGUUUCUCUCCUUCCUUUCUACUGGAUAGGACUUGGCCUUGAGGGACAAAUUCCUCUUUGAUGAAUGUACCCUGUGGGAAUGUUUCAUACUGACAGAUUAUUUUUAUUUAUUCAAUGUCAUAUUUAAAAUAUUUAUUUUUUAUACUGAAGGAAUACUUUUUUUUUUUAAGAAAAAAGAGAAAUUAAUAAAGAAUCUGCUCUUG